AAUACAUGUAACACAAUGGCUGUGAUGGUUGCUAACUAAACAAGCUAAAAGUUGCUGAAAUUAUUUUUUUUGGGAGCAGCUCAUUACAUUUUCUUUGUAGUGUUUUAUUAUAGCAAGUGUCCCAGUUCCUACCGAUAUAUACGUAGUCAUGGCAACCACGCUGAAUUUCAGGACCCACGUAGACCAGUCAUGCAGAUAUUCAGAAGAAUUCGUCAACAUUUACUACGAUUGCAUGGAUAAAAAAAGGAGGAACUUGACCCGGCUCUACCUCGACAAGGCCACCUUGGUGUGGAACGGGAACGCCGUGUCUGGACAGGAUGCUCUGGGGGAGUUUUUUGAGUCGCUGCCCUCGAGCGAAUUCAAAGUGCAUAUACUGGACUGUCAGCCUGUUCAUGAACAAGCGACUCAAGGCCAAACGACGCUGCUGGUGGUGACCGGCGGCACCGUAACGUUCGAGGGAAACAAAGAACGUUUCUUCAACCAGAACUUUCUGCUCACAGCUCAGGCCUCGCCCAACAAUGAUCAGCCUGUUUGGAAGAUCGCGAGUGACUGUUUCCGAUUUCAAGACUGGAAUAGCUGAAGCCCCGUCACCUUUCCUCUGACUCACCCCCCACCACAAAUGUACUUUUUCAUGGUUUUGUUCUUUUUUUUUUUUUGCAAUAAAACUGUCUGACCACAA